AUGAGUGGAUUAAUACAUUGUCAAUUUAAACACAUACCAUCGAAGAAAGAUGGUGAACGACUUGCUGCCAAUAUUGAAACUUUUGUCAAACCUAAAGUAUUUGAUAAGAAAGGUAUACGAGAAUCGGGUGAAGAUGGAAAUAGUACAAUUCAAUUUGCAUUAAAACGUGAAGAAGUAAAUAAAGUUCGUGAUUUGUUAGCACAGGUUUUACCAAAUGAAAAUUCUCCUAUUUGGUUUCAUAUUUUUGAUAAGCCAUUGGAUUCACUUCUUCAACAAACAUUAGCAGAUCCAUCAACUGUAGCUCCUCAUCAAGGAGCAACAUUUUCUGCAACUUGUCUUUUUGGUGCACUUCAAUCUUAUAAUCAAUUUUAUUCUCAUGUUACAUUCAAUAAUAAAGUUGUUAAUGUUUCAUUUAAACCUGCUCGACCAAUAUCUAAUACAUUAUAUAUUGAAUUUGAUGAUAUACGGAUAGUUAUACCAUUCUUAGCUAUUCAAAAAAAGAAUAUUUUGAUCAAUAAAGAUAAUGGUAUGUAUGUAUUACUUCCAUUGAAAUAUGGACCAAGUGUUUUUCGAAUGGUAACAAUCAAAGACAAUGAGAAAAAACCCGUUCGAGUUUGUGCUGAUCAACCAAAUGUUGAUUUUAUCAAAGAUGUUGCACAUUGUUCAGAUGUAGUUUUUAAUAUUGUAUCACCCAAAGAAAAUACUUGGAAAUUUCUUCAUUAUUUUUUAUUUGAUCGACCUGAACGAUAUCAUAUGAAUUUUUCAACAUUUAAAAUAACAGAUUGGUCAAGAGAAAAUAAUAAAAAUCAUCGACCAGAUCCAUUUAAUUAUAGAAAUGCAUCAUUUCAAGAUCGUUAUGCUCUUGAAAUGUUAAUUUCACUUGGAUAUGUCUUUCGAGAUAAAUGGGCAUUAUUUACAAAUGAUGAAUUAAAUUGGAAUCAAUGGAAAAGUGAAGAUCGUUAUAAUUUAUGUUGUUAUGCUGUUGAACAAUUACGUGCUGAUCAUGGAUUUGAUUUAAGACGAACAGAAAAAGAUUAUGAAGAAAAAAGAAGAAAAACAAAUGUUAAACAUCCAAUAUUAGUUCAAGAUCAAGAACGACUUAAAGUUGCUUGUUGUACAUUAACACCAUUGAAACUUAUAUUUCAACCAUUUGAAAUAACAACUGGUAAUCGAACUCUAAGAAAUCCACAAUUUGGUGGUGUUGAACGAUUUCUUCUUGUUCAUUUUCGUGAUGAAGAUAAUCGACAAUUACGUGUUAGUAAUACAAGUAUUAAAAUUCGAUUAAAAAAUUCUAUGCUUAAAGGAAUUGAUUUAUUUAAAAAAACAUAUAAAUAUAUGGGUUCAAGUACAAGUCAAAUGAAAGAAAUGGGCUUUUGGUUUAUUGAUUUACCUUCAAAUAUAAAAGAUAUACAAACAGCAUAUAAUAUACUUGGAAGAUUUGAUAAAAUUAAAAAUAUUGCUACAUAUAUUGCUCGAAUUGGUCAAUAUUUUUCUACGACAUGGCAUAUUGGUAUUAAUUUAACUAAAGUGAAAACUAAAAAUGAUAUACCUAAUGAUAGUAAUUUGUAUUAUGUUUAUGACGAUCCAGAUGUAAAAAGAAAUGGAUAUAAUUUUACAGAUGGUAUUGGAAAAAUCUCAUGGGGUUUAGCUGGACGUGUAGCUCAGAAAAUGAAUAUUCCAUUAUAUAGCAAAGAAGAUAUUCCAUCAGCAUUUCAAAUCCGUGUUGCGGGUUGUAAAGGUAUGGUUGCUAUUGAUCCAGAUUCAAAUUUAAAUGAUUAUUAUAUAUCUGUACGGGAAUCCAUGAUGAAAUUUGAAAGUGAUGAUUGGAAUUUAGAAAUAUGUGAAUUUGCUCGACCAAUGACAUUAACAUUAAAUAAUCAAGUUAUUCGUCUUCUAAGUGAUUUAGGAAAUCCAGAUGAUGUUUUUAUUAGUUUUCAAAAUCGAGGACUUACUCAAUGGGAAGUACCUGAAGAUCAACAACCAACAGCGAUUGAUAUUGCUGUACAAAAGAAUGCUUCUUAUUCAUUAUCACGAGAUAAUUUAAUUACCAAUCGUAUACCAAUUCCACCGACAGAUGGUCGAAAUUUAUUUGGAAUUGCUGAUGAAACUGGUGAAUUAAAAUCUGGUCAAUGUUUUAUACAAUAUUCUUUAUUGGAUUCAACAAAAAAAACAACUAAUCAAGAAAAAUUUCAUGUUCUUCAAGGUACGGUACUUGUAACUAAAAAUCCAUGUUUAUGGCCUGGUGAUUUCCGUCGAUUACAAGCUGUUCGAAAUCCUCGAUUAGAAAAAUGUAUGCGUGAUGUUAUUGUAUUUCCAAUAAAUGGUUCUCGUCCACAUUCCAAUGAAAUUGCUGGAUCUGAUCUAGAUGGUGAUCAAUAUUGGGUUUAUUGGGGUGAUGAUUUCAAAAUUGAACGAGAUGUUCCACCAUUAUCUUAUGAAGGAGCGAAGAAAGUUGAAGUUGAAAAAAUUGAUCAAGAAAUUAUUGUUAAUCAUAUUGUUGAAUCAUUUGGUGCUGGGAUUAUUUUAGGUAUGAUUGCAAAUACACAUACUGUUGUAGCUGAUCGACAUGAUAAACAUUCAUUUGGUGAACCUUGCCGAGAAUUAGCGGAUUUAUUUUCACUCGCUGUUGAUUCACCAAAAACAGGAAGAUUUGUUGAUAAAAAAGAACUUCGACCAUAUCAAGCACAAUAUUGUACGAGUUGGCCAAAGUUUAUGAGAAAAUUUGGUGAACCAUCGUAUAAUUCCAGUAGUAUUUUAGAAAAACUUUUCUUAAUAGCUGAAAAGAAAUAUUAUGAAUGGCAAGAAAGACCAGUUGUCAAUGCAUUUCCACAAGAAAUCAAACCUAUAAAAGGUACAGCAGUAUCACAAAGUCUAGAUGAAGAGUUUAAAAAUUGGCUUGAUGGAAAGAAAAUCACGAAAAAAGCAGCAAAAGGAUCGGAUACUCCUGAAUUACCAGAUAUUAUACCAUCAACAGUACCAAAAAAGUCUGGCAAAGUUACACUUCAAUCAUCGGAAGAUAAACCAAGUCUACCAGAACCAUCGGUGAAACCAAAGAUUCCACGCAAUCCAAAACCAAAAAAACCCAUCGAAGAAAACAAUCCGAUUGUACUGAUUAAUUCAGAUCCUCCAGCGUCGACAUCGUCGUCUCUGGCUUCAUCCGCAACAUCGAUAGUUAAUGACCCUUAUCAACCUGAUUUUCUUAUGGGUGUUGAUGUAAAAACUUCCACUGUUAGUAUUAUACAAUUUUCUCCUUCUGCUACAAACACGAUGUGUACAGUUCAUCUCAAUAAAGAAACUACAAAUACCAUCGAUAGAGAACAAGUGGUGGAUAAAAUAGUAUCAUACUUAGAAAAACAAGAUAUUUUCAAGAAAAAAUCAUCUUCAUACAAUGAAAUGUUACAUGGAUCACUUAGUUUAUUAGUUUGUUAUGGUCAGAUAUAUUUUAUUGAACAAAAUCCAAUGCCACAAAAACUUGGUAAAUUACAAGAAAUUAUCAAAGAAAAAUCGGAUCAAUUCAUUCGUUUUAAUAAUGCUGAAAUUGAUCAUUUGAAUACUCGAAAGAUAUCAAUAUCAACAACUAUAAAAACAAAAUAUGAUUAUGAAUUUAAUUGUUAUUUAAAUUCCAAUUCAUCUGAAUAUUAUACUUUAUUAUUUGAUAAAAAUAAAACACUUAAACAAAUAUGUUUUUAUCGAAUAUGGUCACGAUGUUAUGUACGACAACCAGCUUUUAUUGCAGAUUGUUUAUAUGAAAUUCGUUCAGGAAUUACAUACGAAUCAGAUUCAUCAGAUUUUAAUAGAAUUGCUGAUCUCAUUUUACGAUCGAAAUCAACUGGAUUAUUAGAUGGUCGUAAACCAAAUAUUAAAAUAAAUCGUGAUCUUCUUCAAUCAUCAAUAAUACCAAUUAAUCUUAAAAUUAUUAAUGAAGAUCAACAAACUCUUAUAGAUCCAUCAAUCACUCAAUCUAUUUAUCGAAAAGUAAAAUAUAUAUCCAUAGAUGAACAACAAGAUAAACCUAAAUUAAUUUCAUCUAUGGAAUAUCGUGUUUCACCUAUUACUAAAGAUCAAAAUAUAUUAAAUGAUAUCUGUGAUACUGCUUUACCAUCAAUAGAGUAA